AAUGGACUGAGUGAAUACAGAGCUGGUUGUGUUUCUGGACUGAGUGGAGAGUACAGAGCUGUGUGUGUUUCUUGACUGACUGGGUCAUCUCUUACCUCCUAAAUAAAGCCUUGUUCAAGCCAAGGAUGCCAAACUGGGGUGGAGGGGCUAAGUGUGCAGCCUGUGAGAAGACUGUGUACCAUGCUGAGGAGAUCCAGUGCAAUGGCAGAAGCUUCCACAAGACCUGCUUCAUCUGCAUGGCCUGUAGGAAGGCCCUGGACAGCACCACUGUAGCAGCACAUGAGUCAGAGGUCUACUGUAAAUCCUGCUAUGGCAAGAAAUAUGGUCCAAAAGGGUAUGGAUAUGGCCAAGGUGCCGGAGCACUGAGUUCGGAUCCAAUGGACAACCAAACCCAGCUCCAGUACCAAGAACCUAGACCACCUCAGCACUCAUCCACAAACUCCAAUCCUGUGAAGUUUGCCCAGAAGUUUGGCAGCUCUGAUCAUUGUGCACGCUGUUCCAAGGCCGUGUAUGCAGCAGAGAAGGUCAUGGGUGCAGGCAAGCCCUGGCAUAAGACCUGCUUCCGUUGCCUGCUGUGUGGAAAGAGCCUGGAAUCAACCACAGUGACCGAUAAAGACGGCGAACUCUAUUGCAAAGUUUGUUACGCAAAAAACUUCGGCCCUAAAGGACGAGGCCUGGGCAACAUGGGCGUGGUGGAGGAGAGCGAAUGACAGCUUUGACCAACUGGCCAAUCCUAAAUGUCAAAUACAUUUUUUAUUUACAUGGAAGACAAGGCCAUCUAGAGAGAUUGUAUUGAGAGUCCUUUGAAAACAUAUCAAUGCAGCAUGGACCUCUAUAACAAAAACAAUCUACAAACAUUGUUUAACAUUUGAUUAUUUUAGUAGCCUAGCUAGAUGAAUUAUCAGGCAACUACAUAAAAUGCAAAUAAUGUAAAGCUCCCCUUAAUGGGGGGAAAAUAAGAGUUAUCAAUUAUACUUCUCAUCCAUAAUUAAUGAUGCAUUUUUCCCUUAUAAACUUCACAAAUUUUCAUACACAAACAUUUCUAAACACUUAUGUUAAUUUAUACAAAAUUAUUCAUUAGUCCCUUACUGAACAAAGCCUCUCCUUUAUACUAAAGCAGCAGGACAACCUGCAUAUUCUGCAAUCAUGUUACAAACACACUGCAGUACCACUUGUAUAAAAAAAAGACCUGCUGUUUUAUUUUUGAACAGAACUAUUUAUACUUGUUGGAUCACAAAUGCAGUGAGUCAUCAAAACAUCUAUCUGGAUGAAACACCUUCAUAAGCAACUUACAAAACAGAGCUGGUUCUAUUCCAAGAAUGUAUUUUACUUAUAGCACAACGUGCUUUCCCAGUUGUAAAAUUAAAAAACAGCAUCAAAUGAGACAAAAAAAAAAAAAAAAAAAAAAA